AUGGCUGGUGGUAGUGAUAGUGGUGGCUUUAACCUUAACCAACACGCCGAUGGUACGGAAGAUAGCAGCAGCUUCAUGGAUCAAUUCACAGUUACUAAUUCUGAUUCCUAUCUCACCUCAGAUGUCGGAGGGCCCAUACAAGACGACCAGAGUUCGAAAGCGGGCGAGAGAGGUCCGAAAACGUUGGAAGAUUUCGUAUUCAGGCAGAAAUCUAACAUUUUGAUCAAAAGCGAUUCCCAAGACGAGCUUUCCAUGCUCGAGGAGCCGGUAUAUCAUAUCUGUCAUCUAUGCAGUAAUAACGGUUACGGUCCAUUUUUUGAAGCUCAGGUAGUCAAGAUCGAUCGACCAUUAAUUAGCACGACGCCCCGUCAUUCAUUCACUCGCAAUCAUCGUCGCACACUUGAGCAAUACGUAACACCAAAGCAGCCACUUAUUUAA